AUGGAAAGAUAUAAACCUAUACCCCGCUAUGGCUAUAAACCUUCACCACCCAAUGGAUGUGGUUCUCCUCUUUUUGGAGUUCAUUUUGACAUUGGCAUUCCCUCCAUGACAAAAUGCUGCAACCAACAUGAUCGGUGUUAUGAUACCUGUGGCAACAAAAAGCAUGAAUGUGAUGAGCAAUUUCAGUAUUGCCUUUCCAAGAUCUGUCGAGAUGUACAGAAGACACUAGGAAUACCAGAGAGUGUACAAGCAUGUGAAUCAACAGUGCAGCUGGUGUUUGAUGCUGUCAUACAUUUGGGAUGCAAGCCAUACCUUGAUAGUCAAAGAGCUGCAUGCAUGUGUCGGUAUGAAGACAAGAGAGACCUUUAAAGAAGUGUAUAGCCUUCUGCAGCGUAUACAGACUUUUUGUCUGUAUUGCAGGAGCCCUUUUGUUAUUACAAAACUACUCAAAAUAUGCAGUUGAAUAUGAAGAUGAUCUCUAUGAUGAGCAGAAGACACUAAUUUUUAUAAGUUUAUGUACAACACUUCCUUUCAUCAACUUA